AUGAAAUACUUUGUUGGAGUUAUCUUGUUCGCUUACUUUAUCGCAACACUUGCCAACUCUACGGUUAAACCGACGAAGGAAGCUCACUGCAAUGUGAAUAAUAACUACAACAGCUUUUACGCCGGACCAAACUGCAAGAAAAUCGAGCAACAACUGGAGGAAAUACGACAAGAAAUCAGGGCAUUGAGAGAAAAUAAAACUACUGGGUCCAGUAACGGAAAAGGUUUGUAACAACAACUUAAUUUGAUAUAAUUUGAUCGAAUUUGUACUGUAGAUGAGCAAACUAAGUGGAUCCUCAUCGAUACUUCACUAAAAUACCGUCAAAACCCCUCGCAAAAUGUCGCGGAAAUACCAUUCUUGUUUUAUGAGUUCUUUAUAAGUUUUAAGACAAUUUCAUCAAAAAAUUAUUGAAGGCAUUCCCGAAGAAUAUAAGGCCUAUAAAAACAAAAUAAUAAUUAUCGGAUCGUCAUUUUGUUUUCAGUUUACAAGAACUGCGCUGAAGUUUACAAGUACGGCGACAAGAUCAGUGGUGUGUAUAAAAUUAAUCCUGAUGGUUUGGGCGAAUUUGAAGUGUUCUGUGAUCAGAAAACUGCCGGUGGAGGUUGGACAGUGUUUCAGAAGAGGCGAGAUGGCUCUGUUGAUUUUUUCCGCGUUUGGGAUGAUUACAAACGCGGUUUUGGCAAUCUGAACGGUGAGUUCUGGCUCGGUUUGGACAAGAUACAUCGGCUGACUGUAAGCGGUGAUUAUAAACUUCGUGUUAACUUGGAAGACAUUCAUGGAAAAACUGCAUUUGCCGAGUACAGCUCCUUUUCUGUCACAAGCGAGAGAGCGAAAUAUCAACUGAAUUUGGGAAGUUAUUCAGGUAAGUUUAUACACUAAACUGAAAAAGAAUCAGUCGGCGAAAAAUGUUGUAAAUUGGAAAAUACAAUAACAGAAGGAAAAAAGAAAGAAAGAUAAUAAGAUUUUUUUCUUGCCCAAUUGAUCGCGAUUGGACUGUGAAAGUUGUUAGUUGAUUAAUUUUGACAACAACAGUUGACCUAUAUUUGUAAUGUCAUAUUAGAUUAUAUCGAAAAGUUUAAGGUGGCUCCCUAGAGUAAAUUGGCCGUGCGCAGCCUGAGCACUAGUAUGGCACGAGCUUUGAAAUCCGCGCGACCUCCACGCAGAAACAAAACAAACAUGGCCUCUCAGUUUCAAAGUAUUCACCCCCAAAAACUUUAUGAACUUUCUGUUGUAGGUCAAACAUUUAUGAGAAAAGACAAUGUUAAAUUACACCGGUUACAAGUCACUAUCGAUCUCCAUAAGAGUAAAUUGUAUGUAAAAACGAAGCAGAAAUUUUCCACAGAGAUCAAUUCUUUCGCUUCAAAAGCAGACAGACGUAAAAUAGUCGAAGUAAAUGGUGAAUGGAAACUUUACAAAGAAAACAAAGAAAUAAGUACACUAACCCUAAAGGAAGCAAUGUUACCCUUUCUGGCCUUUGGUUCACGGUCAGUGGAAAGAUCUGAAAGAUUGAGCCAAGUCCCGAACAACCACUGAAGAAUGUCUUCACCGGCGGCGCUCCUCGGUCACUUCAUUUCUCUUACAUUUGAUUUGAUUAAGAAAUUCUAGAAGUGGCUUCAUGAAGGCAAGAUUACAGCAAGUGUAAUAUUUGUUUUGUUUUGCCGACUCUAUCACAUUGUUUAAAAAAACUGGAAACUGGGGAUAAGAAUCGUGACGACUUUCAUUUUAUGGAAAUGAGUCCCGUGAUGAGAAUGCAGUUUAUUUCGGCGAUGACUGAAAUGACGCAUGUAAGUUUGGCAAUGACGUAAUUUUCCUCAAAUGGAGGCCCUUGCAAUUGAUUUUCGUGUAAUUAUGCACGACAUGCAGGCACAUCCCCAAGCAGGAUGAGAAAAUAUUAUAGCGGGGAAAUCCUCAGGAAUUUUGUGGCUUUUUAAGGCGUUACGUUUCUCAGAAUAUUGUCGCAAUUACAGGAAAUGUACGGUUAAAUAGUUUCACUUUGUUUUAUGUAUUUAAUUGAUAGAUUUUCGCUGUUGUUACGAUGUGAAGUCGUGUUGCACUUCAUGAAUACUUGAGAUAUGAAGUAUCCACUGUCCCGUAAUUUUUACGUGCGCACGUGCGUUUAAUUUGCGUUCGCAAAUAAAAUAAAGGCAAUGUAUGAAAGGCUGCACGUACAAUUAGGUAAGCGUAAGAGUAGAAACUCGCUUAAUUUGACGUUUAAUCUCAAUACUUUAUGUCUUACCUCUAUUUGAUUUACGUGAUUAAAAUCUAUGUGCGUUAACGUGCGAAGCCAAAAACGCAUCAGUGGAAAUCCACCCUAACGUGUCACGGAUGUGUUUUUUUUUUUACAGCAAUUUCGAGAAAGGUUGUCGGAAAAAGUGCGCGCGACAAUCCCGAAUGGUAUUGUGGGUUGUUUUGAGUUCACUGUUCUUCAAAGAAAUUUGAGAGAAUGGCAGGAGAGGCCAUGGAUAUAUGUUUGCGAGUGCUAAAGGAAAGUAACCAGCUACAGUGUCAGGAACAGUGAAUUGAUCGUAUCCAAUACUACCGCUCGGGAUUAUCGGGUGCACGUUUUUUUCGACAACCUUCCUCGAGAUAGCUGUAUACGGGUAGCUUUGAACUUGACUAACCGCACACUCUACUUGCAGCACUUCAUGUCCAUAGUUAAUAGAAAUCCCCUGUCGAGCCUUUCCGGAACGGUUUGGUCCAAGAAUUCUAUGGCUUGAAAGCGUUGAUUAUUUUGGAACAACUGAUCACCUCAGUGGUCGAAAAAACAGAAUAAUCUUAAUGAGCAAAACUUCAAGGUUUACUGGAAAAUCAGGAUCGAGAAAUCAGGGAUCAAGGAUCGGUUAAAAAGAACUUGAAAAUAAAAUAAAUAAAUAAAUCGUGGAUCAGUGAUGAUGUGGGCCGCAGACUGUAGAUAAAUUUCACAUAACAUAACCCCCUUCCCUGUACUGAACGCUAAAUUCAAGUAAACUGAUCCGAGUCUGUCUGAGUCAGUGAUUGUUUUACCUACCUACCUACCUAUUUAUCUAUCUAUCUAUCUAUCUAUCUAUCUAUCUAUCUAUCUAUCUAUCUAUCUAUCUAUCUAUCUAGCUAGCUAGCUAUCUGUCUGUCUGUCUGUCUGUCUGUCUGUCUGUCUGUCUGUCUGUCUAUCUGCCUAUCUAUCUAUCUAUCUAUCUAUCUAUCUAUCUAUCUAAAAUGCAUGCAGUGUACAACUCUAAACAUUGUACUCUGAGACUGUACGGAGAUAUUAAAAGUAGAUACUAAGCAGCUAUGGAAAAUGUCAUUACUUUCAUGCGAUAUUGAUAUCUUAUAAAACGGACAACAAAUUCAACAGGAAUACGGGCGAACUGAAUUAGCUGUGUGUUGUAUAAGGUUCUGUUCAGCAUUUUUUCCUGUGCUUUCACACCGGUUUGAGGCUGUGGCCUGUCUCUCCUUACAAUUUUUACUUUUUGAGUAUAUACAUUAUGACAUACAACAAUCGUUUUCUAUUCCAAACGAAAAAGUAGUAUAACGGCACCGGGGCCUUUGACAACGAAACUCAUCUCCAAGCAAGCGAGAAUCAACGCUACUAAGAGCGUUCUUGUUUCCACUUUAAAAUGUUAAGCAAUAUCGUUAAUAUAAAGUGGCAAAGUUUAAAGACAUUUCACGGAGGGAAAUAAGAAAUAUUAAGAAAAAGUGAUCAAAAAUGACAAAAUUACUGCCUGUUUAAGGAUGCGAUGUUGCCGUGGCAACGGCCUUAAUCCAGAAAAUGAAACUUUGUAAAGGAGCCUUUUUACAUGGGUAAACUUAGCGGUGAAUUUCGUGAACCAAAUCGCAAAGAUAAAGUAACUAGAUUUCGUUUUGUAACGUAUCCUAGAUUGCUAGGGUUAUUAAUAAAUACUCUAGGGGGCCAGCUUAAAAAGGAGUGGCCCAUGUCUUGAGAGUUCAGAAAUUAGGGUAUUUCACUGAAUUAUCAGCAAGUACAAGAUCUCCACAGGUUUCGUAACUUUACCAAAUGUGAUCUUUCAUGUUCCUUUUAAGGAGGUCUUAAGACCCUUCGGAGGACUUUUUAAUUUAAUUUUGUUUUAAAAAAAAAACAAGAAGUGUUUCUUCCAGUUUGGAUUAAUUUAACUGGACUGAGAUUGUGUAUGCAGAAGUGGAAUUGACCGGUUGAAAAACUCUGCGAAAGAAAACCGGGAAAUCUAAGACCUAUUAUUCGCUUUUCCCCCCUUUUUGUAGGAACCGCUGGUGAUGCACUUGGUUAUCAUCGUGGUAUGUCAUUUUCCACCAAGGAUCGUGAUAAUGACAAGUGGAGUAGCAACUGUGCCUUGGGUCGUAAAGGCGCCUGGUGGUACAAAAAUUGUCACCACUCCAACCUGAAUGGACAGUACCUCAACGGCAAGGACGACUGUAAAGGAAUGCGCUGGCUCAAUUGGCCGAAGGGUGGCUGCUACUCUGUCAAGAAAACUGAGAUGAAGAUACGUCCAAAAGAUUUUUGA